AUGGCCUCGGAUGGUGGGUGGCUCCGUGUUGUGACCGUCUCCUGGCUCCUUGUGCUGUCUCACGGGCAGAGGAAGCUGUAUGUGAGGGACGGGCUCUGGGUCUGGGGGACAGACUGGGCGGCCUUCUGUAUGACGACUCGAAGCUGCAGUCCUUACAUAGAUUACGGGCUGAAGCCGCUUGUGAAGGCCCUGAAGAACAUAUUCGCACUGGGGAUAUGGGAGAUCAUCAACGAACCGGAAGGAUGCGUGGACGUCGGCCACGCUUCCAGUGAGACGUGCUAUGACACCACGUCUCUCAACAUCCUGGACUUCGCUGAUUGGACGCACGCUAGCGUUCCAUUGAAGAGACUCCUGGCUUUCAUUGGACGCCAGGUGGCGGCCAUUCAUGCCGAAGACAAUGAGACUCUCGUCACAGUGGGGUCGUGGACAUACAAGUCGGUCACUAAUCAGUUCCAGAGACGCAAUUUCUACUCUGACCACUGUUUGCGGCUAGCCAGCGGUCAAAACAACAGCGGCCUUGACCUUUACGAGAUACACACCUAUUCUACGUUCGGCGUUUAUUUGCCAGCAGAUCCCUUUAAGGUGAUCAGCGAACACUCCAUCACCAAUUUGACAAGAAUUCAGGGGAUAGAGUUGGCACCCACAAUAAAGAUCAUCAGCCAGUUUAACCAAAAUGCCCUCUUGCUGAAGGUCGCCGAGAACCAGGCACAUGAAGCUUCUCGAGGGCUGCGUUUCCACGACAGAGGCAUGCCCGCCCAGCACAGCGGGUAUAAGCACAUCCCUCCUUUGAACAAGGUUACGACACCACAGUACUACAUAGAGUUCUUGGCGAGAGGUAUUUGA